AGCACCGGGCGCCCGGGCGGGGACAGUGGGCGCGCGAUGCCUGAGCCAAGCAGGCCGCCGCGCGCCCGGGUCCCGGCCGGGGAGGAUGCGCGCCGCGCGGGAGCGGCCGUGCGGGUGGUGCGAUGCUGGUGACCCGCGGGGACCGCGGCGGCGGGGAGCGCGCGCCCUCGCGGCGCCCGCGCUGCGGGCUGGUUCCAGCGGGGGCCGCGGCGCUGCUAGCUGGGGCCAGCUGCCUUUGCUACGGCCGCUCGCUGCGGGGCGAGUUUGUGCACGACGAUGUGUGGGCGAUCGUGAACAACCCCGACGUGCGGCCCGGGACCCCACUGCGCUGGGCCAUCUUCGCUAACGACUUCUGGGGCAAGGGCCUGGCGGACAGCACCAGCCACAAGUCCUAUCGGCCACUGUGCGUGCUGUCCUUCAGGCUAAACAUAUUUCUGACUGGCAUGAACCCUUUCUACUUCCAUGCGGUCAAUGUCAUUCUGCACUGCCUGGUGACCCUUGUGCUGAUGUAUACCUGUGAUAAAACAGUCUUCAAGAAUCGCGGACUGGCAUUCGUCACAGCCCUUCUCUUUGCGGUGCACCCUGUCCACACUGAGGCGGUGGCUGGCAUUGUGGGCAGAGCUGAUGUGCUAGCGUGCCUCCUGUUCCUGCUGGCCUUUCUUUCCUACCAAAGGAGUCUGGAUCAGGGCUGUGCAGGGCAGUGCUUCCCCCCGACGGCUUCUCCCUUCUUCCUGCUGCUCAGUUUGUUUCUGGGGACCUGUGCCAUGCUGGUGAAGGAGACAGGCGUCACCGUGUUUGGAGUCUGCUUGGUUUAUGAUCUCUUCUCCCCCUCCCACAAGCAGGACAAGUUGAGCAAUGGGGCAGUCUGUCAGCACAGCUCCGGGCAGCCAGGGAGCCCCCAGCCUUCCUCUCAGCAAGCCCACCCCCACCGUGAGAGCAGAAAGCAGCGCUUCUCACACAAAGACUCCUGGGGAGGCUACCAUUCACCAUUGCCACCAGAGCCCAAGAGCAGUGGAUUCCCCGUGUCCCAGAGAGCAGUGUGGUCUCUGAUGAGGUGUCUGACUAGAAGUACCAACAGAAAUUCCCUUCUUACCUUGAGACCGUUUUUAAAGCGGGCCCUUUUGGUCAUCAGUUAUGUGAUUGUCAUUUUGUAUUUCCGCCUGUGGAUAAUGGGAGGAACUAUGCCCCUCUUCUCAGAGCAGGACAAUCCAGCUUCAUUCUCGCCGUACAUCCUUACAAGGUUCCUUACCUAUUCCUACCUCCUGGCCUUCAAUGUAUGGCUUCUGCUGGCACCCAUCACCCUGUGCUACGACUGGCAAGUGGGCAGUAUCCCUCUGGUGGAGACCAUAUGGGAUGUGAGGAACCUUGCUACCAUCCUUCUGGCAGUGGUGAUGGCCUUACUGAGCCUGCACUGUGUGGCAGCCUUCAAGAAGCUGGAGCACAAGGAAGUGUUGGCCGGCUUGCUGUUCCUCGUGUUCCCGUUCAUUCCAGCCAGCAACCUCUUCUUCAGGGUGGGCUUUGUGGUGGCCGAGAGAGUCCUGUACAUGCCUAGCAUGGGCUACUGCAUUCUGUUUGUGCAUGGACUGAGUAAGCUCUGUGCUGGGCUGAGCCGGUGCGGGGCCACCUCCCUGAUGGCGUCCACUGUGUUGCUGCUGCUGCUGUUUUCCUGGAAAACUGUGAAGCAGAAUGAAAUUUGGCUGUCAAGAGAGUCCUUAUUCAGGCUGUACCCACGCCAUGCAAGUGCUCUGAACAACCUUGGGACACUGACAAAGGACAUGGCAGAAGCGAAGAUGUACUACCAGAAGGCAUUGCAGCUCCAUCCUCAGCACAACCGUGCACUUUUCAAUCUGGGGAAUCUCCUCAAGUCCCAGGAGAAAACAGAAGAAGCCAUCGUGCUGCUGAAGGAAUCCAUUAAGUAUGGUCCAGAUUUUGCUGAUGCCUAUUCAAGCUUGGCUUCCCUACUGGCUGAGCAGGAAAGAUUUAAGGAAGCUGAGGACGUCUACCAGGCUGGAAUAAAGAACUGUCCAGACAGCUCAGACUUACACAACAACUACGCAGUUUUCUUAGUUGACUCUGGCUUUCCUGAGAAGGCCGUGGCUCACUACCAGCAGGCCAUCCAGCUCAGCCCAAGCCAUCAUGUGGCUGUGGUGAAUCUUGGCCGACUCUACAGGUCCCUGGGAGAGAACAGCAAGGCUGAAGAGUGGUACAGACGUGCCCUGAAGGUGGCCCGCACAGCUGAGGUACUGUCACCUCUGGGAGCACUCUAUUACAACACUGGCCGACACAAAGAGGCACUGGAAGUGUACAGGGAAGCUGUCUCACUCCAGCCUUCCCAGAGGGAUCUCCGCCUGGCUCUGGCACAGGUUUUAGCAGUGAUGGGUCAGACCAAAGAAGCUGAAAAGAUAACGGUCCACAUAGUCUCUGAGGAGCCCAGGUGCCUGGAGUGCUACCGCCUCCUGUCAGCAAUCCACAGCAAGCAGGAGCACCACGAGAAGGCACUCGAGGCCAUAGAGAAGGCUCUUCAACUGAAGCCCAAGGACCCAAAAGUCAUAUCUGAACUUUUCUUUACAAAAGGAAACCAGCUAAGAGAACAGAACCUUCUGGACAAAGCUUUUGAGAGCUAUGAAGCUGCUGUGACCCUGGAUCCUGACCAGGCACAGGCAUGGAUGAACAUGGGUGGCAUCCGGCACAUCCAGGGAAGCUAUGUGUCUGCAAGGGCCUAUUAUGAGAGAGCCCUGAAGCUGGUUCCAGACAGCAAGCUGCUGAAGGAAAAUCUGGCCAAGCUGGAUCGCCUGGAGAGGAGAUUACAAGAAGUCAGAGAACGGGAUCAAACAUAGAUCAAGAAAGGACUCAAUCACGUGGGACUCAGCAGGCUGGAAGAGGACAGAGUUGGGGAGGCCUUGCUUACACACAGCAGGAUCUGCCAGCCAGGCAGUCCUCUCCUGGUGGCACAGUGGGAGUCAGUCAUUGAUGACUGUGCUGAAAGAGUUGUUUCCAUGAAGAGACAAACAGCAGAGGAGAAUACACUGUCUGCAGGGAAGGGAGAUAGCAAGUGCACGCUUUGCCCGCUCCUGUGUGACUCCCAGUCCCAGGAUAUUAGGCAGUGCUUUGGCAGCAAAUAGUGACCUCCAUUCUUACGAUAGCCCAGAAAUACAGAAGAUUCAAAGACCUGUAAACACAGCAGCUGUUCCUAAGAAAGGAUGUUUUCUCUGAAGUCAGCCCUUGAAAAUCCACUUGUGCAAGUUCAGUUAAUUCUCAAGAAUCUAGAGUUGAUGGUGAAGAGCAUUGGUAGAGCCCUGUGGAUGGCAGGGGAGCAGAGCACUUGAUAGCUGGGCUUGGGCUAAUAUCCCUCAGAGUAUCACUAAGCACCUUUGGAGAAGUACAUUAAAUUCUACUCUGGUAUAUGUUUUUUCUAGUGCCUAAAACACCUAGAUGGAAUCUUCUAGAAUUGUAUGUGGCUAUGUUUAUCUCUACAGGAAAGUCAAAGCUCAGCACCCUUGAUUCUUUAUGGAAGUGUUUUAAAUGUUUGAACUGUAUUCCAGGUUUCACCAGUGUCUUGUCUCCACUCUGAACCUUCUGAGUGCAUUACCACUGAGGUUGGGACCCUGAAAUGUUGAUCAGGUGUGGAGCUGUGGGCUGCAUUCUGCACAGAAGUGUUAAAGGGUCAGUCCAGAGAAGGGCUCUACUUUAUUCUCUUAAGAUCAAGACUUGUGAGAUUUAUUGUUUUUGAAAGAUAUACUUGAGCACUGAAGAAACUUUACAUUGUGUUACAGAAUUCCUCAUAGACUCUUUUAAGAUGAGGGAAAAGAGCUCUGUCAUUGACUUUUGAAGUUUACUGAGGAUUCUGUACUUAAAACACAAGUGAGUUUGGAUACUUCAUAGAGAAUACUCUAAAACUCUAGGAUGAAGUCAAAAUUCAUAAUUUUUUAAAAAUAUAUUUAUAUUUAAAUAAGACAAAGUUGAAAUCACAAUUUGACAUUAUUUUUAGUGUUAUUUAUUGGAUAACUUAUAAAAUAUUUAAUAUAUAUCCAUAAUUCUUGUUUUUUUCCUCUGUACAUAGUCAUUUUGAUAGCAGCUCUCAAAACCGAGCAUAUGAAAAUUGCAAGAUAGGAAAGCUUUCACAGUCUCCCUAAAUCAUAUUGGUUAUUUGCCAAUAAAACUAAUGGAGUUAGGGUCAGCUCAGUGUUUGGGGAGGGAAGGAGUUGGAAGGGCUCAUCACUGAAAACAAAACACCACAGGCCAUGCAGGUCCUGAUGCUGAGCCAGCCACCACACAGACAUGACAGGUGGAAAGCAAAAACAUGUCACCAGUGCAGCCAGGCCCGAGGGAAACCCUCUGCUGCUUACAGUAAGCCCAGCAUCCGGAUGCAGUGCCUCCGUGUGUCGUUUCUGUAGCAGGUAAGCUGAAGUAAAUGGCUGAAAAUGUAUUUGGAAAGGAAUGGUGAGGGAGUUGAUCCAACACACACCUGUUUUGGGGGGGGGCAGUAUUUGUCACCUGGUUUCUCUCAACAUUACCUAAAUUAAAAUAUCAUAAAUUGAUCUAGAAACUUAUUUUUUACAUCUAAGAUAUAAAUCUUUACUCCCAAAGUCAAAAAGUGUACUGUAGUGUUUAUUAUAAAAUAAUUCCUAGCCCCUAAGUUGGAUGGCAGGGACCCUUGGUAAAAGUUACCUCUUAGUUAUAAUAGUAUUUAACAAAAUGGAUGCAUUUAAAAGUAAUGGGAUAGAUUGAACUACAACAUUUGACAGGCCUUACAGAAAGUGCUUCAGAAGGUCUCAGUAUACACUUGCUAGAAUAAAAAGGCAACUAUAACGUAAACCUUUCAGAGGAGAAAAAGCCACAUGACAUCUAGGAGACUGCUGUCUCUGGGCCUCUCUUCUUUCUCAUUUGUCUCCCCACUUUGGCAUCUCCUGAAGCAGUAAAAAUAAGCACUGCUUACAAAGAAAAGCAAAGCCAGCUUGCUUUGUUGGCCUAGAUAUUUUGGGUCCUUUAUUGAAAUGAGCCAGUGAGAUAACUUCCAUGGUUGAAACGUUUCCUGUGAGAAGAUCAAUUGCAAACUGCUUGAGUGUAUUUUGUAAGAUGCUGUUUGGUCCUUGUGGCGUGGACUGGUAAGUGGGAGUCACCUUUAUUACAGUAGAAACAGACCCUGGCGUCUCAUGAAAACGCAUCUGCUUUGCCUUCAGCAAGCUUAUGCCCCAUGGUGACUGGAGAGCCUGUUCUGAAGCUUAGGGGCAGAGCUGGCUUUGUCCUAGCAGUGUCUUGUCAUGGGUACUGAGACUAAGACCCAGGACCUGUGCACACCAGGAAACACUCUCCCUCUGAGCUCUGUCCUCAGCCAAAUUUACUCUUCAUGUUUUUUGGGUUUUUUUUUUUGUGUGUGUGUGUGUCCAGCCCCAUGUCUCAGAAUUCUGAACUAUGCCUUAGGUAGGAAGGAAACAAAGAACAAAUCAGGGUUUGCUUUACCUGUUCUGAACCCCCACCUAGCAUCCCUGAAGUUCUUCCUUCCUUACACACAGAGCCCUUAACACACAUCCUUGUAGCCCCUCCCACCACCGCCAUUCCUUGUCAGGCCUGUCCUUCAUCGUACCUAGACCCAGGCAAAGUCAUGAAAUCCACACACAUGGCAGUCCAUUCAUGUGCCCAUUGACUUGGAGGUUAUUUGGUUAGGAUUUUUCAAAAUGAUUCAAAUGAUAUGAUGCCAUUUAUAAAACCUGAUUUGGUGGUGGAACGCGGGUGAAUGGACCAAAAAUAUGGAGACCAUGGGGAUAGUGCUCUUUGAGGCCUGGGGGCCCUUGUCUGUCUGUGUGGUUCCGGGGUUGGAACUUCAUGCAUGCCAGGGGAGCCUUGUAUCACUGGCUACCAGUGACAUCUCAGCCCUAGAGUUGUUUCUUUUGAAGUUUUGUCUACAUUAGUAUGCAGGUUCUCUUUUGAAGUCUACAGCAGAAUUUCACAGGCUUUUUGCAGCUUUCAGCCAAGACUACAUAAAAAUUCUAAACCACACUGUAGAAGCCAACCUGAGGUGACUAAACUGAGGGAGAAAAGAAAGUAAAUGUCCCAUUUCUUGUGACUGUUAGCAGACAGUUUAUAUCCUGAUUACAGAGCAGCAUGGGUCAGUAGGGAGGUCCUCCCUCCAGCACAGGACCUCCCAGCACUGGCUGCCUUUAGAGAACAACUAGGACCCUUCCUCUGGUGCUAGCAAAGUCCUGCAGGGCUGAGCACUUUAACUAAGGAGGUUUGUGACUUUUACCAAGGGGAUGUCAGUAAAAUGACAAUUCUAUUUCUAGAUUAGAUUAAAAAUAUGCCAAAGAAUUCUAAAGAAUGAGUCAUUGCCCCAUGGAUUGUUCAACGCCAUUACUCCUAGACAGACUGGGAGGUGGCUGAGUGGGGUGGCUUUAUGCUUGUGGCCACUGGACUAUAAUUUGCCCUUCUAUUUAGAUAAUGCUUGGGUGUCAGAUGGAGAGGCACCACCUUGCUAUGUGCAUGUACCAGGCAAGGUACCAAAGAUAACACAUGAAAAACAAAACCAUGAUUUCUUUGGGCUCUUAGAAGGUGUCCCUGGCUCAGUGUCUGCCUGCCCCCCCCCCCCACCUGGCACAGACACUGGGGCUUUGUCCUUUUGUUCUUGAUUAUAUUUAUUC